GGGUUUAAUUAUUUUUUUUUCAGCUUUUACUUCAAUUUUUUCUUUAAUGUUUGAUAUUGUAGCAAUGCCUAAAAAUAUUGAGAAUAACCGAUGUAUUCGUACACUUGUACCAGCAGAUACUUUGGUAGCAAUUUAUGUUAAUGUUGUUGGAUCAGCAAAUGAUGGGCAAAAAGUAAAUAUGACCAUUACUGAUAUAGCUGGAAAUAAAUACGGUCAUUCUAGAGAGAUUAUGGGCAAAAGGAAAAUUGUUUUUACGACAAAUAAUGAAUCUACAAUCAUUGUGUGCAUAAAUAAUGUUCUUCUUGAUGGAUUUGAUAGUACUUUUAAUCAUUUCCGAACAAUAGAAUUAAAUAUUAAUAAAGGCGCAGACGCUCUUAAUUGGAAUGAAAUUGAGAUUCUGAAACAUUUAAAACCUAUCGAAGUUGAAUUAUUGAGAAUUGAGGGAAUUUCUAAGGAAAUUGCAAAGGAAAUGGAUUACAUGCAAAGACGAGAACAAAAAAUGCGAGAUAUUAAUGAAAGUACAAAUGAUCGUGUUAAAUAUUACGGUCUUGGAUUUAUGAUUUCUUUGGUUAUUCUUGGAAUUUGUGAAAUUGUUUAUUUACGUCGUUUUUUUCAACGCAAGCAGCUUAUUUGAAUUUACUUAAAUAUUUACUGCUUAAUAUAGAAAAUUCUUAAUAUAG